AUUGAGAAAAAAAAAAAAAAAAGGUCAAAAUUAAGCCAAUCAAAAUCAGUCCGGCGCCUAAGCCCACGCCUUACGCGCUAUGUUUGGAUACCCAACAAUCCCACGCUCCUCCUCCGAGUUUCUCGGCGACUCCCUGACGUCUUCCGACGCCAUGUCGCCGAUAAACUUCCCGCUAUGUCCGCUAAGUCAACUCACUGUGGCCGAGUCAUUCGACUCCAUGAGCGAGACGCUUCACAGCGGUGGCGGCAGCAGCAGCAGUAGCGGGGGUUACAACUCGCCGAGUUCGCUGGCGAGAUGCUGCACGACUCAGAAACCCGGUUUCAUACAGAGGAGCCUCAGCAGCCAUUCCCUUCAAAAGAGUGGACUUCAUUGUCAUUUCGCCUCGAGCCUCAACGAGUUCGUUGACUCUGAUUCUGGUCCAGUGAGGAGAGUUUUUAGUACCGGCGAUUUGGACCAGGGAAUUUUUAUGGGACAGCGUGGUCGAAGGUCAGAGAGUCCAUUGUCAGGUGAGAGUAAUGCUAUAAUUGAAGGAAUGAGCAGAGCCUGCCGCUAUAGUCCUGAGGAAAAGAAAGAAAGGAUUGAAAGAUAUCGACGCAAAAGAAGCCGUAGGAACUUCAAAAAGAAGAUUAAGUAUGCAUGUAGGAAAACGUUGGCAGACAGCAGGCCACGCAUCCGAGGACGAUUUGCAAGAAAUGAAGAGAUUGAAAAGAAUCCUCAAGUUGAAUGGAGCCACAUUGGUGGAGAUGGAGGGGAAGAUGGAGAGGAGGUGGAGAAUUGGAUCAAUUUUCUAGAUUCACUCUAAGCAAAUCUGAUUAAUCCUUACUGUUAAAAGAGUUGCUACUGUUUUGUUCAAUAUUAUAUUGUGGAAAGUUUAGAUUUGCUUGUUUUCUUUAUAUUUUGAUGCAAUGUUAAGUCCUCAAUGUUAAGGCUCACCCAAGAGUGAGCUUUGCCCCUUCCAAAUUAAAUAUGUUAGCAAGUGUGUAUAUUUCUUAUAUUAAACUCAUUUGAUACUUAAAAUCAAAUUUUAACUCAAUUGAUUUUUGUAAUCAUCUUUGAUAUUUAGUA